AUUAAGCCUACCCCUUUCUUGUGCUUGACGCUGAAGAUGCUGCAGAUCCAGCCCGAAAAGGACAUCAUCGUGGAGUUCAUAAAAAACGAGGACUUCAAAUAUGUCCGAAUGCUUGGGGCGUUGUACAUGAGAUUGACAGGCACUGCCAUUGACUGCUACAAGUAUCUUGAACCACUGUACAAUGACUAUCGAAAAAUAAAAAGUCAGAACAGAAAUGGGGAAUUUGAACUGAUGCAUGUGGAUGAAUUUAUUGAUGAACUACUCCACGAGGAACGUGUAUGCGAUAUCAUUCUGCCUCGAUUACAGAAACGGUAUGUUCUGGAAGAAGCCGAGCAACUCGAGCCUCGUGUUAGUGCUUUGGAAGAAGACAUGGAUGAUGUAGAAUCUAGUGAGGAGGAGGAAGAAGAAGAUGAAAAGCUGGAACGAGCGCCCUCUCCUGACCACCGCAGAAGAGGCUACAGAGACCUUGAUAAACCUCGCAGAUCUCCAGCUGUGCGAUACAGGCGGAGCCGAAGCAGGUCUCCAAGAAGGCGGAGCCGCUCUCCGAAGAGAAGAAGUCCAUCACCACGCCGGGAGAGGCAUCGCAGCAAAAGCCCAAGACGACACCGGAGCAGAUCCAGGGAGAGGCGCCACAGAUCAAGAUCUAAAUCUCCAGGGCAUCAUCGUAGUCAUAGACACAGAAGUCAUUCCAAAUCACCUGAAAGAUCUAAGAAAAGUCACAAGAAGAGUCGGCGAGGGAAUGAAUAACAAACUGAAUCCAGCACACAGAUUAAGGACCUUGAACUGCAGUCUAAUACUGUCCUAUUUGCUUUAUGGGACAGCUGGAUAUGUACUGGCUGCUUUAGCAGUCCAUUUCUUUAAUCCUUCUCCUCUUGUAUAAGUCUUGUUUGGUUUUUUUUUAAUUAAAAGAAAGCUAAGGAUACUUUUUAUGUAGUUUGUUACUCAUACUUGUGAUUUGAUAGAAUUUCAGGAUUAUUUUUAUUUUUUUUUUCUCAAGGCCUGUAAAAAACACUGAAGAGCAAUAAAAAAAACGGGGGGGUUGUCUUUAAAGGCUCCUUGCUGUUUCUUUCAUACUGCCUUGUUUACAGGUCCCCUAGGCGAAGCUGGCUUCCUUCUCAAAUUGGGGCAUUGUUUUGACAAACAGCCACUGCAUUUGGUUGCUAAAGUGAGAGUAUGUUGGAGUUACAAACACUGAAGAGCUACCAGCCUGAACUAUCUCAAACCUCCAGUACAGAAAAGGAAGUAAGACUGUCAUAAUCCACUGUGUUUAUUAAAAGCAAGGCUAACUUAAACACAGCUGUUACUGGUUCCUUUGUAAGAAUCAUCCUUAAGUCUAAUGAUACACUUCUUCUGAUGCUACUAUCAGUUUAGGUUUGAGUAGUACAAAGCACCACUUCAUUCUUUUCAGGCAAAAAGUUAUUCAAUAUACAUAAAGACAGUAAAUCACUAUUUUGAGCAUAGUUUGUGGCCUACCUGUGCCUGGGGACAGAAUAUGACACAGUUAUGCUCAGCU